UACUUAAUUUUUUAUACUGUAAUUUUAUAAGAUAAGCGAUAAGCAUCAACACCAUGGAUUACCGGUCACUGGAGAAGCUGCUGACAUGCCCGUACAACCCAUCCCAUCAGAUAUUACCACACCGUAUGGCACAGCAUCUCGUGAAGUGUAAAAAGAGUCACCCUGAAGCUGACAUGAAGGUAUGUGUCUUUAAUGCAACACAUGUGGUACCUACUCACCUUUACCAAGUACACAUCCUUGAGUGUCCAGAUAAAGCUAUUGUGGAGAGGGACAUCUAUAGAAGAAGAGAAGUUGAAAAUAAAUUGCAAGCUAAGAGGCAAGCCCCAAGACCUAUGAUACCAACGCAUGCUGUAUGUACUGAGGAAGACUGGGACUCUGAGACUGUUGCUUCAUCUUACAACCCAACAGAGCACAUCAUUCACCGUGAGAUAGCCAGGCCACCACCUCCAGGCUUGGGAAAAGCAGGGAGGAGACAAUGGCGUGAGGUGGAGCUGGAACGAAUUCGAAGACUGAAAGCUGGAGAACCCAUUGAUGAUCUGGUAUAUCCAGGAAAACCAGAAGAGCAGAUGAUUGGAAGUCAGCUUAAAAUUCCCAGUGCGGAUACCCUUAGCCAUUCCCAGUCUUUCAGCAGAAUUAUGUCAAGUACUAGUAGCCUGGUAAUGCAGAGUGACCAACCUCUUCGUCGACCAAAGAUUGAAUUGGAACCGCAUUCACGAAUUGCAGCCAACAUAUUCCACAAUGGUUCCUGCUCCAGUGUCAAUUCUGAACCAAAAACUGAGGAAAUGCAAGCAAAGAUUGAAGAAUUGAAAAAACAGGAGAGCAAAAUAAAGUCCAAGUUGAAACAGAUGAAGAAAUUGGAAGGUAAGAAAGCAGGUGGAGGCCAGCUGACAUCAGAGGAAGAGGCUAAAAUAGCCAAGAGAAGCGAGUUCGAAGCGCAACUUGCUGAAGUGAAAGGAAAAAUGGAAGAACUUAUUUUGUAAAUAUCGAGAUGGAUUGUACAUUAAUUGAAAAGACAAAAACUUUGGAUUCAUUCAUAAUUGUUGUUAGGUGUCAUUUCAUAUUCAUAUUUCAUUGUCACUUAAGAUUUGAGAAAUGUAAUUCCUAUGAAAUUGUAUGGUUGUUCCUUGUAGUAGUUCAAUCUUGUGUAUUUUCAUUCAACCUUGAGUAGUUUAAUCCAGAUAUGGUUUUCCACACAGUUACAUAAUGAAGGUGCAUAUCAAAUGCAUUUUUUCUUGACACAGGCUUUUUUUGUUUGAAAAAAAAGUUUAUUUCUCUUAUUUGUAGCUAAGGUGGAAUUCCCCUUAAAUGCUUUUUAAUUGAAGAAUAACUGAUUUUUAAUUCUUAAAUAAUGCAGAAAAUGUUUUUGUUGAUGUCUGUUGAUGUGGAUGGAUACAUCUCUUUCUUUUCCUUUUAUUUUUUUUAAUUAAUUUUUUCUUAAGCAAAGGAAUUAGAAUGUAAAAAUCACUAAUUUCUGACCACAGUCUUCAUGUAGAAAUGAGAGGGAGAAUGAUGUUGAAUAUUAUAAUCUUUCUACACCAGCUUACCAUGGGAAAUGAAACCUGUUAUGAAUCCCAUGGAAAUGCUUAGUUUGCUAACACUUUGUGUCCUCUGGUUCGUUCAUUUUUAUUUUUGUAAGAUUGAUGUUCAUUUAUUUUUUUAUUUUUCUGAUGGAUGGGAUGUGGGAUUGUGGUAUUCAGUUGUAUAAUCCUUUUUAUAUAUAUAAUAAAGAGGUUAGUGAAAAGUU